CUUUCAUUAUCAGCAUGACCAUCUUUAUUUUCUCUGCGCUAUGAAAGAAGUCUGGUAGAGUAGAUCUCACUGGAAAAUGGCUGGUAGCAAACUCAUCCCAAAAAGAUAAUAAGCAACGCCUCUUUGUUACAAAAAGUCUAUUUUUUUUUCCAAACUCCUCUGUCCUCCCCUCGUACGUUUCCCCCCAAGGUCUCGCCAAAGAUAGAAGAGACACCUUGUCAUGCGCAAAGAACUAGAGUCUUGUGCUUCGUGCGACCUAGGAAGCGGUGUUGCCCUCCCAAAACAGGAAUGCGUCUUCUACCAUUGGUCCCUUGGCUCGGGUUCAAAUCCCGCUUUGGGACUCCGAAUAACCAAGACAAGGCGAUCGUUGGAGACGAAAGCCUAUGGGUUCUGCCUAUGCGUCCUACGGAAAACUAUUUGCUUCACCGACCGCAUUACGUCGAUCUCCUGUAAUCCAAUGGACCAUUAGGUCAAUGGAUGGCUUGGUAUCCUACCUACCCAUUGAACUAUUGGCAAUGUGGGGAAAAAUAGUGUUGAUUUAUUUGGUCAAGUUUGCUCCCCCCCCCCUCCAUCGGGGUUUAAGCUUUUGGAACUUGGACCUACUCGCUUGGCAGGGCUGCCUGGUUCGCUCGCACGGACGGACUGAACCCAUCCGCAUUAACUAUCAACGGGAAAUGAAUCCUUAUGACAUGGGUUUGCGAAUUAGCCUUUUUUCCGUGAAUCCGUUUGUUUAUGCUAUGCGUCGACAGUCUUUUGAUAUGCUACGUUCUCUAGAAUGAUAGUCCGCUAAGAAGGAGGUAGGGUAGCAUGACACACGUUGCUGUUGGUGGCGGUUUGUGGCAGGAAUGGAAAUAACAGAAGAAGCUCAAAGUCUAUAUUCAACCUAGAUGUGGCUCGUGUAUGCAAAAACAUCAUGUCAGAGGGUUAGGAAAUUGAAGAUCAGCAAACAGGCCAGUCUCUAA